CACCGGUGUCGCGUUACAUGUAGAGGUUGCAAACAGUCUUAUUCAAGUUUUCUGUGAGAGCAUUUUGUCAUUUCGUUUGCAUAUAAACAAUCAGCCAGGUUUAAGCAGCCAGUGUCAUGGCCCAUUGUGUUCACACAAAGAUGUCAAUCAUUGGUCCGUCUGUUAUCGCUGACCAUUUGUACAAGCUGAUGUUCAGAUCCUUCAGCGUAACCGUUCAAGGCUUCAAAAGUGCUUCAACCAGCUGGUCAGAUUUCAGUCUCCUGACAAGUCAUCGAGAGUUAAAAGUUCCAGCGAGCAGACUAUAUAUUCGCUCAAAAGACUUCCAUACCUUGUCAUCAAGAAUACCAAAAGCAUACAGAUUGUCACUGCCUAGUCAUCAACUGAGACCAUAUUCAAGUAGAAGUGGAAGGAAGGUUUCUGAACCAGAAAAUGCUGAAUAUGAAGACGGGCCCCCUGUGUCUAACGAAGGAAUGAACCUGCGAUACCAGGUAGAAAAUGGAUACCUGUCCUGGAUGAGGAACACAUACAUAUCUACUCUGGCCAGUAUUACAGUAAUGCAUUUGGAGGCUUGUGGCACACCCUUGACCAUUGGUGCAGUUACCCUGUUGAUUGGAGCCCUCAAUGUAACGGCUGGCACCUUCGGCUACCUGUAUGGCAUGCAGUCACUCUAUAGACGCGGAUAUGUGUCCAAAAUAAUGCGCAUUGCUUGCCAACUCUAUGCUUUGAUACAUUUUAUAGUUUGGUAUAUUGUGUUUACACUUUUGUUCCCAACUUUGGAAGUUGUUGAUAAAGAACUGGAGACUUACGAAAAGUCAUUAAAAUGAAUUAAAGAGAUUGAUGUAUUUCAGAUUGUGUUGACGUCAUACAUGUAUGGUGAUUAAGUUACAUAUUAAUAUUGUGAUGUUAUUUGACGCUUAUAAUGUCAAAGUUUUAAAUUGUUAUGUAUCAAUUUGUACGAUAUUAAAUUGUAUUAUUGAAUCUGAGGUCGCCGUGGUGUAAUGGAUAUGUUGUCCGCCUAGCGACUGGGAGGUCACGGGUUCGAUCUCCCCAAAGACACCAAGUACUGGUUCUAGGCCCAGGAAACGGACUCGAGAGCGUUUCAAAUAAGCCUUAGGCUUUCGAUGCAAUCGAGCUAAAAUAAAUAGGUUUAAACUAAGUUGGCUGGGUUUAAAUGUUCAAAUGUGUAGAUGGAGAGGUUUAACACUCAUUAACUAAAUCUAAUGCUAAAACAGCUGAUGUGACAUGCCGGAAUCAGUUGAUAAUUCUUUCUGGCUGGUACAAACACUAUGGUAGCUGCAACUUUGUAUACAUCAUAGUAUUAGUGUUAAUUUCUCUUUUCCAUUCACACGUUUUCUCCUAUAUGCUUUGAUAUUUCAUUCUUUACAUGAUUCUUAUGAUUUAAUAAAAGGCUGAAAAUAAAAGGUACAAUCAC